AUGGAAAUUGUUAAAUCGAUGCUCUGUCGGACAGUAGGUUGCCUUUGGAUCCUUCAAUUUCGAGAAAUUUGGAUUUUCAGAAAAUUCUGCCACUACCGUAUCAUCUACGACAUAACUGAUAAAUCUGGUUCUCAUUACAUCAAUGCUGAUGGAUUCCGUCAAGGCCAAUAUAUACCAUUUCCGGAUUUCAAACCAGAGAUACCCCAAAUUACAUUUCGUUUUCCGAAAGAAGAUUAUUAG